GAGAGUUAUACAGUCGCACAUGGGUAGGCCAAGAGUCCUCGUGUCUCUGUUUAAUCUUUCAGAUUUUAGAUGAGCUCUGAUGUCAGUUUAGUUAUUUGAUUGUUGUUGAAAAUAUUAGUAUCUCCAUAUCAGUAACAUUCAACAAUAUGGGUGGAAUUGGAAUUACUUGAGCCCGGGAAAUUCGGAGUUUCGCGGAGGCCUCAUUGAUGUCAAUGGGUCAUGGCGCAAAGGAAAAGCGCAAAUAGUUACUCCCAGUUGGCUUAUAUUUGGCACAUUAUAUCCUGCAUACUACUCAUACAAAGCUGUCAAGUCAAAGGAUGUGAAGGAAUAUGUAAAAUGGAUGAUGUACUGGAUAAUAUUUGCCCUAUUCACCACCAUGGAAACCAUCACAGAUAUAUUUAUCUGUUGGGUUCCUUUCUAUUAUGAGCUGAAGAUUGCCUUUGUGGUAUGGUUACUGUCUCCCUACACAAAGGGGUCCAGCGUUCUAUACAGGAAGUUUGUUCACCCAACACUUUCUUCAAAAGAAAAGGACAUUGAUGACUAUCUCUGCCAAGCAAAGGACAAAAGCUACGACACUCUGGUGACUUUUGGGAGGAAAGGUUUGAAUGUGGCAGCCACAGCUGCAGUACUGGCUGCGACAAAGAGCCAAGGAGUACUGUCAGAUAGACUGCGAAGUUUCAGCAUGCAGGACUUGUCUGCCUACCAGUCCGACCCAACUGAGAUGGACCCUGGAUCUGUCCACACCCAGUCUGCAGCUGGACAACAAAGGGCCAGGACGAUGAUGCGCAGCAAGUCAGAGAUCGGCUACACCAAGGGGCAGGACUUUGACAUGACUGAAUAUGAGGUGUUGAGCUUCGAUCAGUGUGACACCAAGGAACCACUGUCCCAUCCUAUUACGCCCCCCGAACCCAUGACUGAACCCACACCCCCUCUGACCAUCCAGUCCUCUCUACCCUCUCCACCUCCAUCCCCUGCUCCCCCAGCAACAGAGCAGACUGAGGACAUGAGGAUAGGGGGGAAAACAUCCACAAGCUCCCCACAGCUCAGGUUGAUUAAGAGGAAGGUACCAGAGCCUCCUCCUAGAGUCUUAAGGCCUCUCACAAGAUUCAGGAGUGCCCAGCUGUCUUCAAACAGAGAGGCCAUGUGAUGUUCUGUGAAUGCUCCCAAGACUGCUUUAGCUGCGAGGGGAAGAGGGUAAAUAAGGAAAUGUGGCCUAAAGCUAAAUGUAUAAAGCAGCCUUGUUUUAGAAUAAGGAAACCAAAGUGACUUGUGAAAGUCUAUACACCCCUUGCACAGUAUUCAUAUUUUGCUGCCUUAACAUUUUAUCAAAAAAUUCUGGGGCUCUACAAAACUUACUAAACAUUUUCAAAGUGAAAGAAAGUUAUUAUUAUUGCAAAUGUUUUUCAAAUGAGAAUCUACAGUAACAAAACAUAAAUACAGCAACAAGUUACAUUGGUACUAUCCUAGCUGUUGGACAAUAAAAAAUACUAUAUAAGUAAGUACAUAACAUCCCCUACCACGUUUAGCAUGGGCCAUAACUUCCCCUACCACGUUUAGCAUGGGCCAUAACUUCCCCUACCCAGUUUAGGAUGGGCCAUAACAUUCCCUACCCAGUUUAGGAUGGGCCAUAACAUCCCCUACCCAGUUUAGGAUGGGCCAUAACAUCCCCUACCCAGUUUAGGAUGGGCCAUAACAUCCCCUACCCAGUGAGCAUGCGAUGGCGGUGUAUCUGACUUCCACUUAAAAAUAAUAAGCGGGCGGGCCAGAAGGAACGAGAAGGCUAUGGCCUCUGCUUGGGUGUUACAGAAAAUAAACCCUUCGGGGGCUACCCCGAAAAUAGCGACAGAGGGAUCUGGGGCAAUUUCCUUAUUGCAUAUAUAUGAGAAAGUCUCAAAGAUAGAGGACCAAAAUGGAACUAGUGUCGGGCAUGACCAGUACAUGUGAUACAGAGUGGUGGGUGGCUGAUGACAUCUAGAGCAGGUUGGGUCUAUAUCUGGAUGCAAUCUGGUAAUCUGCAAAAUUGUAGGCGAUUAAAUACUUGAAACUGUAGUAACCCAGGAUUGCAGCAUGCAGGUGAUAUCGGAGAUCUCGCUUCCAAACUCUUCCUCCCAUGAAUGCUUUACAUGGUCAAGAGUGGGGCAUGCAAUAUUAUGAAUAAUGUCAUACAGCAUAGAAAUGUGUCCCUUUACUUAGGGAUCCAGGUUCAAACGUAAUCAAGCCAGCUGGUGGGUGGGAGGGAUGGGAGAAGCUUUUUUGUAAAGUUGCGAAUCUGCAGGUACCUGAAGAAAUGUGUCUGGGGUAUACUGUGCUCUCUAACUAGAUGGUCAAAGGGGAUAAAUACACGGUAAUGGAAAAGGUCUGUUACACUCUUCAAUCCUUUCUGAAACCAUAGCUGGAAGGCUGUGUUUAUGAAGUAGGUCGUGAAGAGUGGGUUGGAAAUAAAAGGCAUGGAUGAGAUAGCUUGUCUAUAUCCAAAGUGGAUCCUAAACUGAGACCAUAUACUUAGAAAAAAGGGUUAGAAAAUGGUUAUUCGGCUGUCCCCAUAGGAUAACCCUUUUUGGUUCCAGGUAGAACCAUUUUUUCUAAGAGUGUAUCCAGAUGUAACUUUUCAUAAUAGUGUUGUUUGAGUGGUAUUAUUUGCUCAAUGGUAGGGUGGCACAGACUAAGGAGACCGGGGAUGAUGUUUGACAUGAGUGCUUUUCAAUAAAGGACCACACCAUUCCUUCCCCAUCUAAAAAUACAGAGACCCAAAAGGUUAUCUUGUGACUAUCGGCAGGGACUGGAGUUUGUCAGGAUCAAAAGAAAUAUGAAAGGAGCAAAGCCCAGGUAAAAAGUUAGAGGAAAACCUGCCUCAGUCUUCUGAAAACUUAACUCUUGACUAGAGUUGUAUUUUUCCAUGGGACAAUUACACACAUUUUAAUAACAAAGACACACAAGAAUGGCUUUCCAAGAGGUGUUGAGCGUCAUGAAUAGUCCAAUCGCCAUCCUGACUUAAAUCGGCUUAAAUAUUCAGAGACAAUAUUGCUAUCCAUCAAUGAUUCCCAAACUAAUUUACUGAGCUUGAGCAAUUUUUACAAAAACAAUGGAUAUAUGUUGCCCUAAGAGUUGUGCAUAGUUUGUCAAAUCUUGUAAAAAAAAUAUUUUGAGCUCUAAUUGCUGCCAAAGUUGCUUACACAAAGUACAUCCUCAUUCUGUACUUCUUAGUCAUUUAGAAACGUUUCUAUAAUUGUUCCUUCACUUGGAAAAUGUGGAAUAUGUUGUGUAGAUAGGAAAACAAUCACAUUUAAUCCCUUUUAGAUUACAUUUUAAGGCAGCAAAAUGUGAUGACUGUGCAAGUGGUGUGUAGACUUUCACUAGCGACUGUAGGACCUCUGGCAUAUACUGUAGUGUAAAGGAGACAGAGGGUGUGUGCCAUCGAGGUAGCACACACACACACGAGUGGAUUCCAUAGUGUACAGACAUUCUGGAUUGAUUUGUCGGUCAUUGAAUACUUUUCGUAUGUAUGUACUGUGUGUGAUCGCUUUUUUUAUAUUAUGUUUAGAGACAAAUGCAUGUAUGUGUCUCAGGUCAUUUGUCAGGUGAUGUGUCAUAAAACAGAAUGUAUAGUCACUGAAUCCUUUUGUGGCUACUUGGUCACUGUAUGAGAUGGAAUCAGUCACCAGGAGAGUAGCAGGGUGAAAUACUCUGUAAUGAAAGAUUUUGGUUUGUAGAGGGAGAUCUUUUGAGCUGGAAAAUACAAUCUGUACUGACAAUUUAACAGGACACAGAAUAUUUAAAAUAAUUGUCCAGUCAGGUUAGUAUAUCUCCUCAAUGUGUGGUAUUUAUUUAUGAGAGAGAAUAGCAAUUGUAGGAUUGCUGAUUAUUAUUAUUAAUCUACUGGCAAUGGAACUACGUGUCAAAGUAUGAGUAAAUUGCUCUAAGUUUCACUCGUUACGUUAGCUUAUAAAGCCUUAAACCAUAAAAACAAAACAUUAGGUCUGGUACGACAGAAACAGUCAUAUCGGUACUCUGACAAAUCAUGAGCAAUUCCAUGUGGCCAUAACACUUACUAAUGUCAUUGACUAUGGGCCCUAUGCACUAUGUUUAGAGUUAGUGCAACAACUGUUCUAGUACCAUGAAACACUGAUCACCAUGUUAUAGAUCAUUACCAAAAUUAUUAUUACAUGGGAUCAGUUACUAUUCAAAUAAAUAAAUUGCUCUAAGGAGCAGAAAUAUUGACAUUCGACUUUUCAAGCUCGUUAUGAAUUAUCUGGCGUUGAGGUGUCAUUCAAUUGUUUUGUAAAUGUUUGUAUUACUCAUGUCUUAUGGCAUCGCCAUAAAUGUUUGUAUUUUCAGGUUUAGCACACAAAACAUACUUUGACGUGUAUAGCUAUUGUAUAACAAAAGAUAGCCAGUGGCAAGGGCUAUAUAGGUGGCCCUUCUCGGAGUCUAAAAACACUGUGCAAUACUCUGCUUUCACUGAGCAAUUGUCAACUCAUGGUUCUUACUUAAAACUCUACUUUUCUCAAUGUAGCCACAAUUGUUGACCUGUCUUUUCCCAGCCAAUGUGCCUGUUGCCUAUUUCUGUGUGGGCAUAGCAAUUCCUGGUUCCUAACCUUCUGUAAAUUACAUGAAUAUUGGUGAAGUGUUUUUGCCAAAGGUAGUGAGUGACAUACCGUCUAUGUCUAAAAUGAACAUUUCUGCACUGUAGGUAUGUGAAUUUACUUGGCUAUUACAUAAUGCUUCACUAAAUAUUACGCUUGGUGUUUGGGCAGCAUACAUUUUUGUUCACUGUUUUCAAUACAGUAGCUUAAAUUAGAAAUGGAAGCUUCUCCUCAGGUACGUGUUCAGUUUACACAUCAAAUUCAAACACUUUCUGGUAGAAACAUUUUGGUAUAAACUUGUUUGCACAUGGAAUAUCAGUAAGAGGUUCCUUCUAAUUGGGCCAUUUUUUUUUUAGGAUAUAAGUUAUUUAUGGACAGAGAUGUGACCUGUGGUAGAAUUUUAAAUCCUUUUUGUGACGUUCGUGUAGUUUCAGUUGGAAUGUAUCUCCUUUUCAAAUACUAACAUAAAAAUAUAAAAAGUGAAUCAUUUUGGCUGGAAAAGGAAAGUCAUCAUUGCAUGAUGUUUGUUAUUUAGUAAAUAUGAGAAUGAUUUACUACUUUGCAUUGUUUGGAUUAGUGUAUAGUUAUUUGCUUCAUCGAAUGCCUUGCUGAUAACAUUGAUUCUGAAGUGUCUGAAUGUUCUUUUCCUUAUUAUUUUGAAACGCUAUGUGGCAAGGUCAGGAAAGUUCUUCUUGUGGACAAAUACACGUCUCUACAACUUGGAGUCAAAUAAAUUGUUUGAGGAGCAUGUCUUAUCUCUAUGGAUUAAAAAGCCCACAUUCCUCUCUUCUCUCUGUUGGCCUUGGCGUAAAAAGUAACUUCUGGCAGGCCAUAAUCACUCACAAUGCUCAAACCUUAUUGUGAAUAUCAGAAAAGAAAGAUGUAAAAGUCAGGAAUGAUGGUCUAAAAUGACUGUAUAUGAAAAUUGCUUUCUCUGUGUCACAGUAGGUUGGUGGCACCUUAAUUGGGGAAGACAGGCUCGUGGUAAUGGCUGGAGCGGAAUAGUUGGAAUGUGUCAAAUACGUCAAACACAAACACCUAUUCCAUUCGAUCUGUUCCAGCCAUUAUUAUGAGCCGGCGUCCCCUCAGCAGCCUCCACUGCUCUGUAUCAUCAGUAUUUCUGUUGGUGAACUGAUAACAGCCAAUAAAUGAGACAAUGUGCUGCUG